UGAAAUUCGUAUAUAAAGCGGCCCAAUCUGACCCAAGUUUCAUCAGUAGCUGAAAGCAGGUCCUCUCCCGCCACAUCUACCUACAACGUCGGUCACGAUGCAUUUCGCUUUAUCGAUUAUAGCUUCGUUUUGCCUUAUCGGAUUGGCUCAUUCCAAAUCCGCGGCUCAAUUCAGCCCUGACGGCAAAGGCAAAAUACCAACCAUUUCAAUCGUCGGUGGAACACCGGCUGUCCAAGGCGAAUUUCCCUAUGUGACUGUCUUGCGCCUAAGCAAUUCCCUAUGCGGUGGUUCUUUGAUUGGACCUUCCCACGUCCUGACGGCGGCGCAUUGUUUAACGAGAUUUACUCAGGCAAGCGUGACUAGCUUUAGGGUGUUAAUCAACACGUUGUCGGUGAACGGUGGCGGACCCAAUUCCGUCACCAGAGGAGUGAAGAGAUUCAUCAUUCACGAAGCCUACAACCCUAACAACAACAAUAACGACGUCGCUCUGUUGGUUCUCAACUCGUCAGUUGCAGCCAACAGCACUUUCCUGAAACUUCCAACUGAUCCAGCAGCAACCACAUUGAGAACAACCUCGAGAACAACAACUGGAAGACCAAUUACAACUAAAGCUCCAGCUUGUUCUUGCACGUGUCCAACCACCACCACCAAAAGAGCCGUUGCCGUUACCACAAAAAAACCCGUUGCCGUCCUCCGAGGUUUCAGAAAUUACGCUAACGUGUCGGCCAUCAUUGCUGGAUGGGGAACAACGUCAUUCGGUGGCAGCAUUUCGUCGACGUUGCUCAAAGCUAACGUCACCAUCCUGGACAAUUCCGAUCCGAAAUGCGCUGUAUAUGGGUCGUCAUUCAUCGGGGCUAACAUGUUGUGCGCUGCUGCUCCGGGUAAGGACACUUGCCAGGGUGAUAGUGGUGGACCUAUUUUUGUAAACGGAGUUGUGGUGGGCAUAACUUCCUUCGGAAACGGUUGCGCUGAUCCUAGAUUCGCUGGCGUCUACGCCCGUGUCUCGGCUUACGUUGGCUGGAUUCAAACAACCCAGGCCAACAACCCGUGAUUAUCAUCGUAGAGUUCACCAAUCAAUUUUAUCCAGUUGAGGUGACAAGACCAUAUGAACUAUAUGCGCACUUAUCAUAGCAGUUUGGUGGGCUAGUAUAUUUAGUUACACAAGUUUCCAGUUUUACUUUGUGCAAUUUUGUAAUGGUGUUGGGUCUGUGUGCAUAUGAAAAGUCCUAAUACAAUAUUUGAUUGGACA